AUGGUGGACACCAACACAACAGCCCUCUCUCUGAGCUACAUGGCCACAGGAUACACAGACUCUAUGGAAAAUACUGAAAUUUUAUGCACAGUGGGACAUACUGGAAUAAUGAUCUUUGCAGGGGUCUGUAUGGGGAUUUCUCUGUGUGGGCUGGUGGGGAAUGGGAUGGUUGUGUGGUUCCUGGGCUUCCACAUGAAGAAGAGCCCCUUCACUGUCUACAUUCUGAACCUGGCCAUCACCGACUUCUCUUUGCUCCUCUUUCUUCUUGUUAUAUUAUCACCAUACAUUAUUAUAGAAAUCUCUUGUUCUCCAUUAUAUAACUAUAUCUUUCCCAAAUAUCUCCUGAUGGAUCUGAUUCUCUUGUGGUACUUUACCAGCAUGUAUCUCCUGACAGCAAUGAGCAUGGAGAGGUGCCUGUCUGUUUUAUUCCCAAUCUGGUACCGAUGCCGUCGUCCAAAGCAUUUGUCAGGAAUUGUGUGUGGGGUAAUCUGGUUCUUCUCUGGACUUCUUGUUUGCUUGGUUUUUCUAGCUUGCUAUUCCUCUUUUAAUAUGAGCUGUCAACAUAUAUUUCUAGAACUAGGUGUUGCGAAUUUCUUCAUUUUCUCUUUCUUCCCAUUCCUUUCCAACCUGAUCCUGUUCAUCAAACUUCGAUAUGGCUCACAGAGGCGUCACCCUGGGAAACUCUAUGUUGCCAUCUUGCUCAACGUGAUCUUCUUCUUUGCCUUUGGGUUUCCUUUAACUGCAGUGAUGUUCCUAGAUUCUAUGAUUUCUUUAAAUAUAUUUUACCUUUAUAUUUCUUACCUGCUGGUGUCUCUGAACAGUAGCAUCAACCCUGUCAUUUACUUCCUGGUCGGAAGCUACCGUCAGCGCCGAUUCCAGGGCUCUGUGAAAGUCGCCUUCCGCCGACUGUUUGCAGAGAAAGCAACGUGUGAGGAGGGCAGCCAAGGCCCCAGAGACACUGCUGAGGAGACCACUGUGUAG